CACGCAUCCGUACGCAGCUUGACCCCCCUCUCCGUGCGCGGUUCCAGGAUCCAGAGUGUGGUCAGGACGUAUGCCGCAUGGCCGAUGGCGAAGCUGCUAUCAAGAACACACCUCGCGUAGGCUUCGACGUCGUCCUGGCCAACGCUGCACUUGCCUUGCCCGAAGACGUUACGUCGUGGACCAACCGCGAUGUCCACUUGAUAUACGCGCAGCUCCUCGUCACGUUGCAGUAUGUCGCCCUAGGCGGGUCCCUGGUGAUCUGCCUGCCGACGCGUCCGCUCUCUUGGGUUGUCGAUGUCAUCGCAAUCCUGAGGCAGGCUUUCGACGGGUCGAAAAUCACCGCUGCCAAUCUGGAACCGGACGACCAGGCAAGAAGGCCGCUUGCUUACGUUGUUUGCUACCGCGCAGCCAGCGAGGGUGCGAGGAACCUGCUCAUGAGUCGCCUUCGCGACGCUAUUCAGGCUUUGAGACGUACUACUGGGGCUGUCACCCCGAACCUGUCUGGUGCAACCGAGCCAACGAUCCAGGUGUCCCAGCAACAGUUCGUCCUGGAGCUUUUCAAACCUGUGUGGAGAGGCCAGCACGAUGCUACCAUGAAGCAACAUCUGAAAGCGAUACAGGGUGAGUGCACUCACAUUAGCCUUCCUUCGCCAGUAUCAAGAGCAAAUGCGACAGAUCGAGCCAGAAAGUCCUAGGUGGUCAAUGAGACCAUUGAGGUCACAAGCAACCUGCCUGGAGUCCUGGACUCGCCCUUGAUGUACUCGCAUCUCUCGCCCUGCAUCCCACUCUUCGUUGUUGUACGCCAUUCAGUGAUGUCUCUGCUUUCUUCGCUGUGUUAUAUCGUGCUAUGCUUGCUUUCCCGUAUGUCUGAAUUUUGGUCCCGGAGUGUGUACGAUAUGACGAGGCUGUUACUAUCAUCUGCUGGAUUACAAAGAGUCAUGUACGAACGUAUUUGCUGGCUGCUGGCCGCAUGCAAUGCAAACGUUGACUGGUCCAUUGCUGGUAUCCACAUUGGUAGAGGCGGACUCGCUCUACAUACUGUUGAGUGUUUCAAUUACGU